CGAGAGUAGAAGAACUGUUAAGGAACCGGUACUGUGAGCUGGUGCACCGCUAAGAAACCGGUACUGUGAGCUGGUGAAUCGGUAAGGAACCGGUACCGUGAACUGGUGGACCGUUAAGGAUCCGGUACCGUGAACUGGUGAACCGUUAAGGAACCGGUACCGUGAACUGGUGAACCGUUAAGGAACAGGUACCGGUAAGAACGAGUUAAACAGUACCAGUUUACCAGUAAAGAACUGGUACUGUUGCAUGCCUAGUAAUAACUUCUUGCCUUGGUCCCCUUCAGGAAUCGAGCGACUGAAUAGUCAGCUCUUCAGCACCCUUCACCAGCUGCAUGAUCAUUGAUCCAGUUGCUGUGUAACUCAUCAUCGCCAAAUGACCAUUGAUUUUGUUCGUGGUGGUUGCGUCCUGGUCGCGAGCGGAAUGUUAGAGGUGGCGAUGCUGAUGUUUGUUCGACUUACGUAUUAUGACUUGUGGCAAUAAAAUAAUCAGAUAAUGGCCGCGUCAUAUCAUGAUAACGUCAUUCGCAUGAUGUGGAUUCAUGAUACAAAAUUCAUCAUGAAGAAGCAUUAAUACAUUUUAGAGUUUGUGAGAAAAUGCUCCGAACCUUCUCUCAGGACGACAGAUGGCGUCCUGCGUCUUCUUAUGUUGAAGGAAAAUAUCAGGUCUGCAAAAGUUGGCUAUUUGAAGAACGUUCAUCUGUUUAUUUAUUGUGACUCACAAAAGUCAGGCGAAUUCAAGGCUUUGGAUUUGGCUCAGUUUAUUGAUGAAAAAUAUUAUGAAUUAACAGGAAUUAAAAAACAAAUUGGCAAUGAUUUCAUAAGAUCGGAAGGAAGUUGUCGUCUCGAUCUUCGCAGAUGGGGAGCAAAACAACAAUUCAAUCUCAUCGCAAAAUAACAAAUACAAACAUAGACGAAGACUAAUGAAAAUAUUUUUCCUAUUUGAACACUUUUAUUCUGCAUGUAUGCGUUUAUAUUAUAUAGCCAAGCAUGAAAAUUAAGCGAUGUGAUUAAAAAAUCAUUUUCUGAUAGUCUGAGACAGACCAGUGCGUAAAGUAUCUAGUGAACUUUGAUACACAAAUUUUAUCUACUUUCUAUCAAUAAUAUUUGACGCAACUAUGAUCCUUUAAAUCCACUUUCUCACAAAGAUCAAGAUAUUGUUAAUUUACAAUUUAAAUGGCAAAAUUUAAAGGAAGUAUCUACUAAACGUAAAAAAGAUUUAGAAGAUUCACUAUUAGCUCAACAAUAUUUUAGUGAUGCAAAAGAAGUUGAAACAUGA